ACGAAUCAAAUUCGACUUCUUCCAGAAAUGACAACAGAACUUGAAAUAGACGAUAGAAAAGAAGAAGAAGCUCAAAUUCCUGGAGAAACGAGUGAAAGUGAAGAGGGAGAUGAACCUGUAAAAAUGAAUCGCGUAAAACGCGCCUGUGCAAUGGCAGCCGAAUCUUUAAAAGAGGCAAAAAGAAUAAAGAACAUGUUGAUGGAAGAAGAAUGUGUUUUACAAUUGGGUAAUUGUAAGAAAACUGCAAGUUAUGGGCAUAGAUUGAGUAAAACUGAAGCAUGUUGUCCAUCGUGCUUUAGUGUUGCAUUUCGUGGAAAGGAUUAUGAGAAUGAGUUUACAAUUUGGAAGCAGAAGGCAAUGGAUGGACAGACACAUGUUCGAAGUGAACAAUUUGUUAAACGAUAUGUUAAUAGCUGCUUCCUACCAUACUACGCAAAAUGCCACCAAUGCUCAAAAUACUCCAAAUUGAUAACCUCCGACUCUCUCUCUGCUCAACAAUUAUCCGACUUCAAGUGCGACUGUGCUUCUACAAUUGAAUCCCCCAAGAUUGAACGAGUUCGUGAAGACUCAGAAUGGUGUUUCAAUGAAUUUGGACAUCCUCCUUUACUUCAAAAUAAUAUUUCCUAUGAUCUACUAGUUGAUCACUACGUUACACGGACCACUGGAAUGGAUGCCACGUGUCAGGAGAAGGCGGCGUUGAUUGACAAUGGUGGCAUCGAAUUUCGAGAUACAAGAAGAAUUAUGAACAUGUUUUAUGUUCCAUUUACGGAUGUUAUUGCGAAUAUUGUACAUCCCGAGUUUAUGGAAACCGAUGAGAAAUUUGCAUUCCCUAAAUUUGCUGAUGAUCCCAUUUCAAUCUACUACCUCCAAGUCCGAAAUACAAUUAUCGCAAUGUGGCUGAAGCAUCCAUUCGUCGAGUUAACCGUGAAAAUGAUUGAACCCCAGAUUAUUGUCAGAGGUCAUGCGAGGAUAUUCUUUAUUGAACACCUCAUUCAUCCAAUUUUGGAAUUUUUGACAAUUAAAGGAGUUGUCAAUUAUGGAGCAUUUGAUUUCAGAAUUGAUCCAUUGAAUGGAAUGAGACCGAAAAUUGCAAUAAUUGGAGCAGGAAUAUCUGGAAUCUCAACAGCCCGCCACCUAAAACAUUUGGGAAUUGAUGCUGUUCUCUUCGAAGCAAAGGAUCGCUUCGGUGGACGUAUGAUGGAUGAUCAAUCACUUGGAGUAUCAGUUGGAAAGGGAGCUCAGAUUAUUGUUGGAAAUAUCAAUAAUCCAAUUACUCUUUUGUGUGAACAAAUUGGUAUUAAAUACCGAAAUUCGAACUUUUUCUGUCCACUUAUUGAUGAGAAUGGACGGUGCUUUACAUUGGAACGAAAGGAGUUGGAUGAUCAAGUUGAUUUGCAUUAUAAUAAUGUUCUUGAUGCAAUUCGGAAUAAGUAUCAGAGCGAUCGGAAUUUUCCGGAUGUUCCUCUAGAAGUUACCAAUUUCCGGCACUUUACAGAAAUGUUCUCGAAAAUGAGUUCCGGAUUGCUCUCGGCCGCCGACUUGGACUCUCUCUACACUCCUGAAUUUGAAAAACUUUUGGAUUUUCAUCUAGGAAAUCUGGAAUUCUCUUGUGGAACCCAUGUUUCAAAUCUUUCGGCAAAAGACUAUGAUCAUAAUGAAAAGUUUGGAAACUUUGCCGGAGAGCAUGCAGUUAUCACUGAUGGAGCACAGAGAAUUAUUGAUUUUUUGGCAACUGGAUUGGAUAUUCGACUGAAUUGCCCUGUUAAGUGCAUUGAUUGGGGCAGAGAUGAUCGAAAAGUCAAAAUAUUCUUUGAAAAUGCUGAACAAGCAGCGGAAGAGUUUGAUAAAGUAGUUAUCACAACUUCCCUAUCAGUACUCAAAUCAAAUCAUUCAAAAAUGUUCGUUCCUCCACUUCCAAUUGAAAAACAGAAGGCUAUUGAUGAUCUGGGCGCUGGAUUAAUUGAGAAGAUCGCUGUGAAGUUUGACAGAAGAUUUUGGGAUACUGUAGAUGCUGAUGGAUUGCGAACGGAAUAUUUCGGAAAGGUUUCCGAUUGCAAGACUGAUCGAAGUCUCUUCAAUAUAUUCUACGACUUUUCUGGAAAGGACCCCAAUGGCGAGGACACCUUCGUCCUAAUGUCCUAUGUCACCGCUGAACACGUGAAUCUUGUCAAUGUACUAACGGAAUCGGAAGUCGCCGACAAAUUCUGUGCAACCCUUCGGAAGAUGUUCCCAUCAGCUGUUAUUAACCCUCUAGGACAUAUGAUGUCCCAUUGGGGUGCUGAUCGAUUCGUCGGUAUGUCGUACACUUUUGUCCCAUUUGGAUCGGAUGGUGAUGCUACGUAUAAUCAACUGAAAAAGUCAAUCGACGAGAAGCUCUACUUUGCGGGAGAACAUACAAUUGCAGCGGAACCGCAGACUAUGGCAGGAGCCUAUAUUUCAGGAUUACGAGAAGCCGGGCAGAUUGUGAUGAGUUUGAAGCGGGAUUCGGCCACUUUCGAAUAAUUUUUAUCCACUUUUUCUUCUAACCACUGCCUUAUCAGAUCUCGUGUAUAUUAAUUCUUAUCAUUUCACUGUGCAUAUUGAUUUGAUUCCAUCUUGUAAAUUAUCUGUGUACCGGUUUUCAAUAAAUCACAAGUUUAUU